ACAUGGUAAUAAGAAGUUAGUUAGACCCUCUAAUAUCCAUCCAUGGGUGGGAGAUCCCCUCUCCUUGUGAUCGUCUUCUCUCUUGCCGUGCUUUGCAUUGAGCUCGGGAUCUCGAAUGGUUUCUCCAUGAUCCGCUGUCAAGAGACAGAGAGGAGAGCCCUCAUGGAGUUCAAGCAACGAGUCCGUGAUCCUUCACAUAUUCUUUCUUCCUGGGUUGGGGAGGAUUGUUGUAGUUGGGAAGGAAUCCGCUGCAGCAACGACACUGGCCAUGUUAUCGAGCUCCACCUUCGCAAUAGACAUCGGUCAGAUGUCUCAUACAUGGGUUGCUCUGAGACUAACUUCGAUGAUGAUGAUGUUGGAUGCAGAUGGGCACUGCACGGUGGCAUAACUCCAUCAUUGCUUUCUCUCCAACACCUUAAUCAUUUGGAUCUUAGUGGCAACAAUUUUGAGGGAAAUCGUAUCCCAGAGUUCUUGGGAUCCUUUGGAAGACUAACAUAUCUUAAUCUCUCGGGAGCAGGCUUCGGAGCUUCGAAGCCUCUAUAUGACCUUCUGCCAAAUAUUGCCGAGGCCUCAUUUUCCGAGAUGGCUCCGAUUGCAAACAACUCUUCGUGA